AUGGAAAUCAAUUUUAUUCAGACGCAAGCAUAUAUUGGCUUUUUGUUGGGAGCAUCUAUUAUGAUAUGCAUUCACAACAUGAUCGUUUCGAUAAUUUCAUAUAAAAUACGUAAAACACACGCUUCAAGUAUUCUUAAAAUUGUUUUCAAUUUUGGUCAAAUUGUGCGCAAUUCUGGGGCUGUUGGCAUUUAUAUGACUCCGAAAGUCCCUACAAUCCUUCAAUGCGCUGCCUCUUUAUACAUUACGUAUAUCGGAAACAUCAUAUCAAGAUUAUCAUUAACAGCUUUCUUAUUAUGGAGGAUAAGGCAAAUAGAUAUGAAAAGUAAAGACUGGGAUAAACGGAUAUGCAUUUUAUUAUUUGUAAUUAGAACUGCAUUUACGAUCCCAUACCUAAUUUUCCAACAAAUAACUACCGAAUAUGUAUCCGAAAGUGAAACAUCUAUUUGUUAUUACGAUUAUCUUAAUAUUGCCCCUUACAGUAUUGGAGGAAUUGUCACGGACUUUUUAAUUGAUAUAUAUGUGACCACACGUUUAAUCCUUAUUUUAAAAAAUGCCAAUAAAAAUGCUUCUAAAUUGUCUUUAAAUAUUAGAAGCAAGAGAACAUUAUUCACAGCAGUUACGUACUGGAAUUAUUUACGAUUGAUAAUAUCUUUCAUCUUUCAUCUUUUUGCUGUUUUGGAUAUAUUUUAUCUUCUAGAAGAAGGUCCAUCGAUGACUGUGAAAUGCAUAAUAUACAUUUUGCUAUCUUACGUAAUCACCAUCGAUGCUGAAAUUGUUCAUGCCAUUGAGGGUAAAGGUGGAUCGUCAACAAAGACCGUGAAAUCUAUUCAAAAUACUGAUGAUCAUAUAUCCUCUACUUUAUCCUCUAGCGAUCAAACUCACAGCCAAAUUAUUGAUAAUGAUAAAAUAAUAGUUGUAUCAAUGAAAAAAUUAUCAUUCUUCGAAUGUGCAAGCACUGUAUUAAAAAAUGAAGAUGAGAAUGAUGAGAGCCUUGGGGAUGAUGAGAUUAAAGAUGAUGAUGAGAUUAAAGAUGAUGAUGAGAGUAAAGAUGAUGAUCAAAAAAUUAAUGACACAUUAAAAGAAUCUUCAAAUAUGGAAAUCAUUAUCCAUUAAUUAAUACUGAAUAUUAGACUUUUGUAAAUAUUGUAUAUUAGUGACUUAAAAUUUUUAUAUUUAUA